CUACAAAACAGAAAAAUCUGAAGGAAAAAAAGACUGACAACAGCAAAACACUGUAUUGGUUUGGUCUGCUUUUGGCUGUCUUUAGAUUAAUGUGAAAAUUAAAUUGAGUCUUCGAUACGUGAGUUAGGAACCUAAAGCUUUCGAUCAAACAGUGCUGCAUAUCUGUAUGUUUUAAUAUUUAUUUGUAUUUUCUUGCUAGCCAAUCAUUUUUGAGUCAGCCACCGUUAGCCUACAUGAUGGGUCGACUCAUUCAUAAUUCUUGAACUAGUUAGCGAACAGCUAGCUACCUAGCAAACCCAUAGCUAUCCUUUGAACGGCUGCAUUGCAAAAAGGUAGAAAGCUUUAAAAAAAAAAAGAGUGAUAAAGAAAAGCUGUCUGUGGUAUUGCUUGCAGGUUAGGUUGUAAGGUAGCUACGUUGUAAAUGCCUCGCUCAUCAACGUUUGUGUAAUCUAUCUAGGUAGCCUGCUAGCUAGCUGGCUAAUGUUAAAGCUUGCUACAAAUGUGCGUUAUAUUUAUUUAGUGAACCAAAUUGAUGGCUUACUUGUGUUAGCUUGUUACAAACGCUGGAUGUGUUUACAUUAAUUUAAAUUAUGGAGACGAAUUUACAGAAGAGACGUGAGAAUAAAAAAUCCCUGCGAGUGAAAGUUAUCAGUUUGGGUAACGCAGAGGUGGGAAAGAGUUGCAUUAUUAAACGUUAUUGUGAAAAGAGGUUUGUACCGAAGUAUCUGGCAACAAUUGGAAUCGACUAUGGUGUUACAAAAGUUCAAGUGCGGGACCGGGAGAUGAAAGUCAAUAUUUUUGACAUGGCUGGACAUCCAUUCUUUUAUGAGGUACGAAAUGAGUUCUACAAAGACUCUCAGGGGGUGAUCUUGGUGUACGACGUGGGGCUGAAAGAGAGCUUUGAUGCCCUGGACAGUUGGCUGGGGGAGAUGAAGCAGGAGAUGGGUUCACACGCCAACAUGGAGAGCAUCGUCUUUGUCGUGUGUGCCAACAAGGUGGACCUGACGAAGAGGCGAGUGGUGGACGAGAGCGAGGGCCGGCUGUGGGCGGAGAGCCGCGGGUUCCACUACUUUGAGACGUCCGCGCAGAGCGGCGAGGGCAUCAGCGAGAUGUUCCAGGCCUUCUUCUCCUCCAUUACUGACAUGUGCGAGAAUGGGGGGCGGCGGCCGGCAUCGGGGGUCAGCGCUGGCUUCACCAGGGAACAGGCUGACACCAUCCGCAGGAUCCGCAGCAGCAAAGACAGCUGGGAAAUGCUCGGAGUCAAGCCAGGGGCUACCAGGGAGGAAGUCAACAAGGCGUACAGGAAGCUGGCCGUGCUCCUGCACCCAGACAAAUGUGUGGCGCCGGGCAGUGAGGACGCCUUCAAGGCCGUGGUGAACGCGCGCACUUCACUACUGAAAAAUAUCAAGUAGGGAAUUUCUGCCAGUAUCAAUCCCCCUCUGCCCCCAAGCUGAGAGUUUCAACAUCCAGAAGGAUCAUAUUGACCGAACUGCAGCAGCGAAAAAAGGUGGUGAAAUAACUGUCCUCCUUAUUCUCGAGGGAUUUAAAUUCUAUGAUUCUCAAACUGGGCCCUGGGAGACCACUGUGUCAGCUGGUUUUCAUUCCAGUCACAAUUGCAGUCCUCGAAUUUUAGCGAGCUGUUGAUUUUCUUCAACACGCUUUUCAUGUUUUGAAGGAUUAUUUACCCUCUUAAGCCACAGUAUGUGCGAAAUAGCGAUGAAUGCCAUGAAGAAUAAAAUUUCCUUAUUACACGGCUUUGUUUAAUGCUCAAUUAUAAUUGGUCACUUUGGGGCAUUUUACGGUCAAAUAAUUCUGAAUAAUGACCGCUGCUAUGGGUAACACACUGCUUUAAACAUGGAACUCUUUUCAUAUAAAUUUGCAGAAAGUGCCGCAGCGGCCAAUUUUACCAUUGUCCAAUCAGUAAAUCUGCCGUCAUGAAAUGCUGUCGUGGCUCCCCUUUCAUGACUUUUCCUAAACAUGUGUAUUUGACAUUCUGAUGUAAUUUGAAUACCAAUAUUGCCUAAGUAAAUUAAAAUAGACACAUUUCCUUCCCUAAUCCCUAAAGUUGCACGGGCCAGAGUGGUUUAUUAGCAUUCAUUCAGUGGUGAAUCCUUCAGUCACUUUGGUCACACAAUAUACCAUAUGAGUGUUAAAAGUCCUGGUUCUAUCUAUAAACUAUUUUAUGGUGCCAGUGUUUUAGUGACAAUGGUUCCUUAUUUUGUAAUGUAGGGUGACAAAACAAGUUUUUAUGCAUGUUGGAAAUCCACAGACAACAUAAAUCACUGUAGUAUGUGUUUUUAUCCCAACAGGGAUAAAUAAUUUGCAUUAUAGUCCAAAGAAAACUGAAAAGUAUUGAGAGAAUGUCCAUUGUUUACUUAGCAAUUCUCCUUGGGAAUUAUCUUUGUUGUUAGACGAUGUGCGGUGAGCAUGCUGGCACAAAAUAGCUGCUGUGCAUCACCCAGAUGGGUGCUACACAUUGGUGGUGGGUGUGGUGAGUUCCCCCUCAUCACUGUAAAGCACUUUGCAUCUGGAAAGGUGUCAUAUAAAUAAUGAUUCAUUCGACUGAGUCCGUUUUACCAUUAUAAACACGCCGGAAAUAUUGUGUACAUAUGAAUGUUAGUAUCUUCGGCUCGGAUAGACUCUCUGAAACAAGAGGAGUUCACCUGCAAGCUUCUGUGAUUUACUGGUCAAGCAGUCCCUCAGUAUAGCUAAUGGGACCCACCGUGCGCCAGCAACAACUCGAGCUGGACAGUAUAUGUUCUGCCCAGUACACAGCCAGCCAGUGGCAAGAUAUUAUAGUGACAACUGAAAAGCAUUUUAGCCAAU